CGAUCGCCGUCGCCUCGACGCAUCUGAGAUUCUGAGUAUGGGAGUGUGGAUCUGAAACCCCUCUCGACCCCCCACCUUGGCAGUCACCUGCCACCACGGUAGCGACCCGUGCACCGCGCUGCCUUCUCUGGUAACCCUAACCUAACCGGCGCCAUGCGACGCGGAGGCGGAGGUAGGGGAAGAGGAGGAGGACGAGGAGGCUACGGCCACAGGGACACGCGACCGGGCGGCGGUGCCUCCCGGGACGACCGGGACAGGCGCGACCGCCGCCCCGACUACCGCCCCCGCCGCAGCCUGUCCCCGGACUGACGCCCACGACGCCCAAGGACUGAGGACGACCACCGAGACGUGCCCAGCAGCGGUCGCAUGGACUACGGCGGCGAUCGCGACAAGACCCGUGGCGGUCGCAUGGACUACGGAGGCGACCGCGACCGACCCCGCGGUAGUCGUAUGGACUAUGGCGGUGACCGCGAUCCCGCCCCGGCCCGCGGCGGACGCAUGGACUACGGUGACCGCGACGCCGCCCCACCCCGCGGCGGUCGCAUGGACUACGGCGGCCACCAUGACCCGCUCGGCCGAGGGCACAUGGACUACGACGACCUACGCGACGUGCCCGGCCACGGGCGCAGGGACUAUGGAGACGACCGCGAUGGGUCGCGCCGCCGUCCCAGGGACUACGGAAGGGUGCCCUAUCGCGACGAGCGUGACCGUGGGUAUCGCAACGCGAGCGGGAGCUACGACGCUCCGCCAGAGUACAUGCUCCCUGACCACCCGUCAGACCUGGGCCGCCCAUCCCUGCGAGCUGGGAAGAAGGAAAGUGACUACUUUGGAGGCCCCAGCGACCAGAGCGUUAACAGAGACAGGGAGUACUUUGGACGCCCUGGUCGCCGGAGCAUUGACAAGGAAAGAGAGUUGUUUGGGGACGAUGGUGUGACACUCAGAAUCAGUGCUACGGAUUUGGGAAGGACCAGCGCACUGUACCCGGACUGCAGGUCGCCACCGCCGCCGCCAUGGGCGGUGCUGUCACCGCCACCUCUAUACCCCUCUGUUCUGCCUACAGAGACUGGAUUCUUGACGGGGGCAUCUGCCUUGAAGGCCGGUGAUGGUUUGGGCGCUGGAAGCACCCGGUUGCUGCUUGAUGAUGGUGAGUUUAAGUACCUCGAGCACUUGCGUGACCUGUAUGUUGAGAGUAGAGAAAUUGAGAGGGAUUGCCUUGGUAGUAGGGAUGUGCUUGUCGAGAAAGAUGGAGGAACCGGUAGGCUUUUCUCUGAUGAGGGUGUACCAGGGUUCAAAAAACCGACCGGAGGUUGGUAA